AUGGAUGAAGCUGGUAAUGAGAUGGUGGAUGAAAUAAACAUGUACUAUGAUUGCAGGUACAUCUCUGCAUGCGAGGCAGCUUGGAGGUUGUUUAGUUUUGAAGUCCAGUACAGAACUCCACCGGUUGAGCGACUAAGCUUUCACUUGCCUGACUGCCAAUCAGUUGUGUUCCAAGACGAUGAUACGAUUGAUCAUGUCAUGAAUAGAGAGACCGUUGGGCAAAGUAUGUUUAAUGCAUGGUUUGUAGCCAACCAGAAGUUUAAAGAAGCGAGCUUAUUAACUUACAUUGAGAUGCCUACCAAAUUUGUGUGGAAAAAGGACAUCCGUGAAUGGCAUCCAAGAAAGAAGGGAAAGACUUUCUUGUGGAGAGCGUUGUCAGCUACAAUCCGAUGCAAAUGUCAGAUCGUUUUAAAUGUGGCAUCAAGUGGCAUAGCUUCUUUGUUGUUACCAGGUGGCCGAACUGCUCACUCAAGAUUUGCAAUACCUAUUGCAAUAAACGAAGACUUAACCUGUAACAUUAAGCAAGGUAGCGACCUGGCUGAAUUGUUGAUAAAGACGAGUUUGAUAAUAUGGGAUGAAGCUCCUAUGAUGCACAAACAUUGCUUUGAAGCCUUAGAUCGAACUAUGUGGGAUUUGUUGCAUUUUGUAGACCCGUGUAGUGAAAUGAAGACGUUUGGUGGUAAAACAAUUGUUUUGGGUGGAGAUUUCCGCCAAAUUCUCCCAGUAGUUCCAAAACGUACAAGGCAAGAUAUUGUUUCUUCAGCCAUAAAUUCAUCAUAUCUAUGGGAUAGUUGCAAAGUUUUAAGGUUGACUAAAAACCUCAGACUAAGUUCGGUACCCAACGGUGGAAACCGGCAGGCAUUACAAGAAUUUGCCGAUUGGAUUGCUAAUGUCGGUGAUGGAAAACUGGGUGGGCGGAAUGAUGGUUUCGCAGAGGUUGAAAUUCCAAAACACAUGUUACUGUCAUCCAGAGGGGACGAUAUUAAAACAAUUGUGCACAGUACAUUUCCUAUGUUUGCAAAUGGAAACGCCAACCCCGAGCAUCUGCUAGCUCGUGCUAUAUUAGCUCCAACGCUCGACAUGGUCAACGCCGUCAAUGACUAUAUGACUGAGUUGCAUAAUGCCGAAAGCAGGUCGUACUAUAGUUCAAACGCAGUAUGCAAAGCCGAUGGCGACAACGGCAUACUUGGAGAUGUACACACACCGGAAUUUCUAAACAGCAUUAGGGUUUCAGGUCUACCAAAUCAUACACUGACUUUGAAAAUCGGUUCACCGGUAAUGUUAAUGAGAAAUAUUGACCAUUCUCUUAGUUUGUGCAAUGGAACUCGGUUGAUAAUUACAAAGCUAGCAGACCAUGUUAUUGAAGGCGAGAUUCUGACCGGACCUAACAAAGGUACAAAAGUGAUGAUCCCCCGAAUGUCAAUGUCACCCUCCGAUCCAAGAUUGCCGUUCAAGUUUCAACGAAGGCAAUUCCUAUUAAUGCUUUCAUAUGCAAUGACCAUAAACAAAAGUCAAGGACAAACGUUGAGUCAUGUUGGUUUAAUACUAAAGAAAUCGAUUUUUGUACACGGUCAGUUGUACGUAGCUGCAUCUCGGGUUAACAAUCCAGACGGUCUCAAAAUAUUGAUAGUCAAAGACCCAAGUUCAACUACUACAUCAACCACUAAUGUUGUAUAUCAUGAAGUUUUCAAUAAUUUGUAA